UUUUUUUAUAAAUUGUGAGCUUAUCAAUUAAUUGUAAAAUAUAUAGUUGUAAAAGCAAGCAAAGUAAUCGUUUUUGUUAUCUUGAAGCAAUCCAUUUCACGGGCUUCUCGGUGUUGUGAUUCUGUUCAACUACAUUGCUUCUCUUCGUUUCUCCACCAGUAGGAAUGGCAAAAAGCUACUUCAAACAAGAGCAUGAUCUUGAAAAGAGAAGAGCUGAGGCUGCUAGGAUUAGGGAGAAAUACCCAGACAGAAUCCCAGUAAUUGUGGAGAAGGCUGAAAGGAGUGACAUCCCAAGCAUUGACAAGAAAAAGUACCUUGUCCCUGCUGACCUAACUGUUGGACAGUUUGUCUAUGUUAUCCGCAAAAGGAUUAAAUUAAGUGCAGAAAAGGCUAUCUUUAUAUUUGUGGACAAUGUCCUUCCUCCUACAGGAGCAAUCAUGUCUGCCAUUUAUGACGACAAGAAGGAUGAAGAUGGGUUUAUGUAUGUUACAUACAGCGGCGAGAACACCUUCGGGAAUCUGACUUCCCAUACUCAGUAGGCAUCACAAAUGUAUACUGUAUGAUCUGCUCUCAUUGGUUUGUCUGUUAAAUUCUCUGUAGAACUCAUAACAAGAACAUAACUCUUAAUGUUAUGUACAGUUGUAAAUAAAUUCCAAGAUCCCGAUUGAUGUUAAAAUUUCCCUCGUUCACUCUUUCAA